UUGAUGAUGUGUUAGUGUUUUGAAGAUCGUGUCCCGCCCUCCCCGGUUUUUACAGCGAGCCAAAUGGUAUACCUUCACACUCAUAGUAUCGAUAAAGAGCGUGCUUUACUAGUCUUCACAUAAAAAAAAGAAGAAGAACUACAACUGAAAACUACACAUGAUGAGAGCAUGUCGUUUUGCUGUGAUUCGUAAUUGCUAGUGCAAAAGCUGUCCGUGGUCUAGUAAAGUUUUUUAUCGCCCAAGAAUUAUUAUGCCGUCAUCCUCUCCCGCCAAGCCCAGUACCGCGACAACAGCAAAUAAAGGCGCAAACAAAAUGGGUGGACAAGAACAACCAGAGGACGAGAAGUCCUACCGCGAAAAGAUGGUCGCUAAGAUCAGCGGAGGGGGAACUUGGAGGGCGGUAGAAGUUAGUGAUCAACAGGUGGAACCUGCUGCCGCGGAAGUUGUACAACCCGUUACAACAGCUGCAACCAAGUACUACCCGGAACCUGCCCCUGCCGUGCUCGUACCCGUUACAGUACGUGCAACAACAUCAACAACCAAGCACCCGCCCAACAAGUACCAGCCUAUUACUUUCGAUCAUUUGCUACAAGCCCAACAGGGUACUACUGGUACUACUACUAGUUUCGGUCAGGAGAUGAACACCAUCGGGUCCUUCGUGCCCCAAAACACCGCGACUGCGGGUGCGGAUACGAACAAGGCCGGCUCCUCCUCAUCUUCUACCGCGAAUACGAAAUCCGCCGCGGCUAGUACUACAGUUCCUCCGCCCGCCGCAGCAUCUUCCUUAAUAAAUACGACAGCUGCGCAGACAAGCUACCCAGCCACUUACCUGGCAAAUUACAACCCAGCCUACUACAACAACUACAUGAUAUCCCAGGCAAUCAUGCAGCAGCAUAUCAACCUCGGUUCCGGGAGUGUACUGGGCACCGACAAUCCCCAAGUUUACCACCCAAACCACUUCGCGGCUGCUGGGUUCAACAACAACAGCAACACAGGGGGUUCGUUUCAUAUGCCGCAGCAGCACAUCCCAUUGCCAGGUGCAGCAGUAGCUACUGCAACCUGGUUGCAGCAGGGGGAUGCAGCAACGUUGGUUACCAACGUGAACGUCCCCUGGUGGAUGCAGGGGAUGACGCCAUCCAACGGAUACGGAGCGGGAGGUGCAGCGCAGAUAUUUAACCCGUAUGGAGGAGGGGGUGGUGCUGUUGCUGCAGCAACAUCGUCCGCAGCAGCCCCGAUGCAACAGCCAUCUGCGUCUUCAAGUAGUUCUGCUGCGCCACCAGGAGCAGCAGGAGCUGCCACUGGUCCUAGUUCAUCUUCAAGUGCAAUUGUGGAACCCCACCCGGGGUUGCAACCCGAAUCCCGUGAGUUGUUGAAGAUGAAGCCCGAAUCUUCUUCUUCUUCAAACUGGCCCCUUUCUGCCUACGCUGAACUUGUUGUAGAGAACGCAACGCCAACAGAAAACGCUGCUUCCGGUUCUGCGGCGAACAGUAUCGAAAGAAAAAGUCCCCCCUCCCCAUAUCGAAACGGAAUUUCUGGUGCUGGAUUUGUGUACACAAAUCAGCUUUGAAUUGCAGAGAGGCAUUGCGGCCAGGCCCCCAGGCUAGGUAGGGGCGUAUGGGUAUAGUUGUUCAGCAUGGCAAACGGCUUCCCUUUAGGCGCAGUAGCAUGACAAAUCGCUUCCAUAAGGGGGCGGAAGCUUCUGCCCGUGUCUUCUUGCAAUACAAAUGUGAUUUGUGACCCCAAAUCAGCAACGCAAAUUUUCGGAAACAUACCUGUUCAAUAUGGGGAGGGGGGAUUUUUCCUUCUGAUAAACAGACUGAAAAAGGACAAGGGCUCCGGACGGAAAGUCCCGCAAAUCCAGUUUUCUGAUUUCGUUGGCCAACUGGAGCAGAAGAAAAGUGUUGACAAAGCCGGGGGAGUCCUCGUGAGCGAAUCUGUCUUGAACGAGGCCGCAAAUAAGCCGAAGAAAAAGAACUUCUUCUUUCUUCUCGGCAACCCGGAGGGCGGUAGGGAGCAGGAGCAAGACGGUGGAAAUGCGAGUGGUGCUGAGAUUGAUGAGGACAAUCAAAAUCUUCAGCCAGAUGAAGUAGUAGAUGAAAAAGAAGAUAGUCCUGUUCCAGGUUCGCCUGCUGCUGUUCUCCUCGACGAGAAAGAGGGUGGUGGUCAACAAGAACAACAACACGAAGACCUCCGCGAAGCAGAUGAACCGAGUCAGAGCAAAGAGCACCUUGUCGAAGCCGUUGGCGACAACCCGUUUCUGGCUCAGUCCGGCGAAAACGCGUUCUUUUUGCAGAACGAUAAUCCAUCUGGUGUUCUACUUUCGGGACAAUUUGACGUCGACGAACAAGACAAUCAGUAUCAGGAUGAAGAUGUGGACAAUAAAAGCAAAGAGGAUUUUCUGAAUUUUGGCAGGGAACUAGAGCUGAAAAAAGAAGCAGAGCGGGAGAAGAAGAGGAAGCUGCUGCAACAGGAGAAAUUUUUGCAAGAGGACCACUUGCGGCAACAAAAGUUGGAAAAGCAACUGAAUUUGAAUGAAGACAAUGCAGGAGCUUCUCCGGAACAAGACCUGUUGCUCUCUCCUGAAAAAGACGAUCUUUUCCUCGACCAGAUCCACAACGGAAAAAGCGAAGAACUUUUCCUCGACGAGACACAUGAUCAAGCUGAACAAGAAUCGUUGGGACAACCAGUAGAAAAAGCUUUCAGCAACAAAAAAAACCACGAGUUGCAACUGCAAGGCGGACGAGAAACGAGCGCGGAGCAAAAUGUUAUUGAGGAAAACAACAAAGGGUUUCUGUCGCCGAUUCUUUCCGCGGAGGAAAAAGCAAAAUUGUCGGAGGAAGAGUUACAACACUACUUGGACUUGGAACAAGAGUUAGAACAGGAGGUCAGGGAGGCUUCGGCGGCUUCUGCAUCCUCUGCAUGUAGUUCGGGACGAGAUGUUGCACCUGCGGCGGCGGUCGGUUGUGCAGCAGGACUAAAACCGACAGAAGGUGGCGCAGCUCUUCCGGCGUCUUCUGCGGUGCCUGAAGAAGAAAACCAGCAACAGACGAGUGCGGUUGCAGCUCCUAGCGCGAAGGACAAAAGUGUUGAACAAGAAGGAAACAAGAAUGACACAAGCCCGGACAUGAGCAAAUACAGCUGCACGCUAGAUUGGUUCAAGGAAAUGCAGGAGCGGCACAGGCAAAAAGGAGUGACCCGCGCCGAGGCGGUGAAAAAGAAACCGGCUGGCGUCUUGCCCGGCAGUCUGGUGGCCAGUAGUGGUAGUAGUACAACAAAAACUACCGGAAAAGUAUCAUCUUCAGCGAAGUUAAUCGUACCGGCCGGAAAGGCCGCGAAGUUAAUAGUCCCGGUACGGAAAGUGCCGCCCCUGACCCAGUAUCCUGUGCAAAAGUAUCGCACUCGUACUAAUUGCAUUUAUGCAUUACAAAUCUAAUUCCUAAGGCACAUCCGCAUUACAAAUUCUAAUUCAAUUUGUAAUGCUGAGGCAAUUUGUAUUGCAGUUACUACUAGUUGUACGAUGCUUUUGCAGUUCAUACCCAGUUCCCAGUGGCGAAGGUGAAGGAAGUCACAGCUUUCGCGAUAAAGAAAAAACCCUGGAUGAAUGUGUGUCCAGUUUUGCCGGAACAAGGGAAGAAAGGUAGUACUGCGGCCGCGGGUGCGGUGGAGAAAAACCAAAAGGCUCUUAAAGCCGCGUCGUCUAGCAGUCUGGCGACGUCGUCGUCCGGGCUGCAGCUGCCGGGCAACAAGAAAAACGAAGCAGGAAAGGCCACUGUUGCUAGCGCCGAAAAUGUGGAAUCAAACAAGCAAAGCGCCCGAGGAACAAGACGGAGUUCGUCUUCCCGCAGUAGAAGUAGCAGCCGUAGUUCAUCACGUGGCCGGGGGAAAAGAACAAACGCCAGUCGGCCCCGCAGGAGAAGAUCUGCACGGGACGAGGACCACAGUAGAAGCAGAGACAGGACCGGCCGUAGUAGAAGAGACCACAGUAGAAGCCCCCGACGACGCGACAGCCGGCGAAGACGUAGGGAUAGCAGGCGCAGAAGGCGUGGCAGGUCUCGGGGCCGGGAUAGGGAUAGUCGGAGAAGAUCUGGCCGUAGAUCGCGCAGGAGAAGGUCGUAUCAAAUGCAAAACUAUCGUACUCGUACAAAUGCGGGCUUUGCAUUACAAAUCUUCGUUUCCAUUGCAAAUCUGGAUUACAAAUUUUAUUUGUCAUGCUGAGGAAAUUUGUAAUGCAUUUAUACGAGUGCGAUACUUUUGCAAUGCAUAGGUCGACGUCUAGUAGAAGAAGAGACCGCGCGAGGAGUCCGGAUAGGCGGAGAAGUCGAACGCCGACGCCACGCAGUAGACGGGAGAGACGCGGCGGUGGCGUCACCAGUCCAAGUGCCGGCGCGGAAGAUGAAUUGGUGAUGCAGGUGCAGGAAUAUGGUGGGGAACCAAUCAUCACAAGAACAUCGAGUAGCGGCGACAAGAAACAAGAGAAGGUUAAAAAUGGUGCACCACCUUCUACUUCUGCCGUGAAUUAUGCUGCUUUCAGCCUGCCGAAAGGUGGCCCUGAACUAACUGCUCCAGGCGGGGUUCAUCAUCUGGAUGCGCUAGUACAACCACAAGAAGUCGCUGCUAAGACGGAGGAAAAUAAAGCACAACCAUCAGGUGAUCAAGUAGGCGUUAAGAACAAUAACAGCAUCAACGAUACUGCAGAAAAACGAAUGAAAAGGAUGCUGAGGACGGAGGAAGAGAAACAAGAAGGUAGGAAGGCACUGCUAAAAGCUUUGGAGAACGAUAUCAUGUCAGAGGAAAAUAAAGAGGAAGAAGUAGAAGAAGAUGGUGGUCCACAUAUGGCAGGCGACGUCCAGGAUCGAGAGGAACAGGGAAUAAGUCCAGAUCAGCAAGAGGAAAACGACGCGAUGAACGUGAACCCCGAGGGAGAGGAGAAGGGAAAUUCCAAUUCGAAUGGUGAUCUUCAAGAUGUCGAGGUUGAACCUCCGCAGGCUGAAGAUGAUCCUUUUGACGAAGAGUUUCUGCAGCCCGUCGCGGACAACAACCCCUUCGCAAUGGCGUCGAGCUGUGAUAUUUUUAACGAGGACACGCUCUUCGGGCAGAAGAAAGAAGACGCGGCUCCUGAGGAUAACCAGAAUGAGGACGACAGCGGACACUUGUUUAAUCAAAGCGACCCCUUUACAGCAGGAGCUCCACAAGUAGAACCGCUGCACUUUGACCUGGCAGACAUCUACGGCGCAGAAGGUACUAGUAGAGAUGUUGAGGAGCCUGGCGCGAUAGAAGAUGAAAGCGACGGGGAGCAGGACAUGGAAGUAGCAGACGGCGACCAUCAUGUAGUGGUCCUGGAAGAAAAUGCCGACUUGGAUUUGGCUUUCAACACUUUCCCACCGACAGAAGAGGCAGUACAGGCUGCUGAAGAUGAAGAAGCUGCUGCUCAUCAUGUUCCUCCGGAUGACCAAGGUGAAAGUGAUGGCGAACAUGUUGACCAGGAUCUACUUCGGGCAGAGGUUGGUGAAGAUCCACCUGCGCUCCAAAUAGACAAAGAAGCAGAUGAUCCACGACCUCCGGCAACAAGAACCGGCGAAGACAUAGACAACGCUCUCACAACUACAGGAACUGCACGCCCAACAUCCCCUCCCCCGGCAGAGCAGAGUUUCUCGGACUGGCUCAAGGACUACGACAAUAUCAAAUGCAAAAAUGUCUGGGUCUGGAAGAUUCUGAGACUUGUCAUGCAUAUGUUGCAUGAUCCAUGAUGCCUCUAAUGCAUGAUCUAGCGUCACAGAUUUUUAGAGGGCUUCCUUAUGCCUAUUCCGCAUCACACAUGCCCUCUCGUCCGCGUAGCAAAAAUUAGAUUCCUUUUGCUGCUCAUGCAACACAAAUUUUUUAGACAUCCAAAUGCAGCAUCGCAAGUUGCAUUCUUCCAGACCCAGACAUUUUUGCAUUUGAUAGACAAACAAGUUGAACAAGUUUGUCCAACGGAGAAGAAUAUCCUGUGCAAAAGUAGCGUACUCGUAUUGCAGUCAUGCAUUACAAAUCUUUUUGUUAAAGGUAAAUCCGCAUGACAAAUUUUAUUUCUCAUGCUGAGGAAAUUUGUAAUGCAUUGAUACGAGUGCGAUACUUUUGCAAUUCAUAAAGAACAAAGUAGACCCUAAAUGCCGUAGCAGUUUUUCUACCUUCACGAGCAAGAAAGGCAAGGUAAUAACGGAAUUCUUAUGCAGGUGCACAACUUGUUCCCCUCCCCCUCAUUUGUGAUGCAAAAUGCUUAAUUUACACUGUCUCUGGGCACCCACUGUUAGCAUGACAAGUUCUGGGCCCAAAGAGCACUACACUCCAGUGGUCCAAAUUUGUGAUGCAAAACCUGUAUUCUUGCUGACGCUUGUAUUGCUGUUCAUGCAAUACAAAUGAAGGGGAGGGGGAGUUGUGGAUUGUCAUAAUUCUUCGUUGACCCGCAGAAGAUGCCGCAACCUGUUAAGGAAGUCGCGGACACGAAAACGACGCACAUAAUGGACAUGAUCGCGCAGGAACGCUUAUGCAUUGCAAAAGUAUCGUAUUCGUAGUAUUGCAAUACAAAUUAGCUCAGCAUGAUGGCAAAUGGAAUUUCUCGUGCUAAUUUAGCUUGAAAAAGAAAUUGCUGGUCUUGCAUAUUUGCAACUACUACGAGUACGAUACUUUUGCACAGGAUAACGCUCUCGGCAGAAGAAACGGGAAGAGGAAAAGAGCAGGAACAAGGGGAAAACUGUGCUUACAAUGGACAACUUGAACGCGGACGGCGCAGCUGGAAAAAAGAAAAACGCAUCAGCUGCAACAUCGUCAAGUAGUAAACACCAGCUGCCUCUGGAUCGGUCCAAACCACCACCGCCACCGGCGCCCAAGGCAGCGCCACCGCCCCCGAGGAAGCGGACAAAUUAUUUCGUAUUUAAUACGAAACCAGCCGUGGAUGAGGACACAGGUGCGCAUGAGUCCGCGGAAAAAAAAACAAUGACUGGCGGUGCAGCAGGAUAUUCUGCCUCUUCAUCCGGAAUAAACAAGGAUGUUGUUUUUCCGCCUGCUUCAGAGAAAGAUGACGAUUCCGUCGGGCCUGAAGACGGACCAGACGAGGACGAGGACGAAAUUCUCCCUUUGGACAACAUAACGGAAGAUGAAGAAGGUUUUACCCUAUCUGAGUUAGUUGAUUCCGGGCUGGAGGGGAGUAAGAACAUUCUGCAGCAGGAAUUAGAAGCGGACGAACCAGUAGAGGAAGCAGACGAAGAUGAGGACGCCGACGACGACGCUGAUAGUGGAUCAUCCGGAGACGGCAGUGAGGACGAAGACGACGCUGAAGACGACGACAGCUCCGCCAGUUCUUCUGAAAGUGAGGAGGAGAAGCAGUACGUUGACGACAUCACCUUGGCCAACGAAUUACUGCAGCAAGAGAUGGACAAAUUUGAUGCGGAGGAAAAGCAGCGGCAGGAGUACAUACAAAAACUCUUCGGCGAGGACCACGCAAAGAAAUUCACUGCAGCAGGGGCCGGAAGUGGUACUGCUAGUCGUGCUCCUGUUGCUGCUACUGCCUCUUCCUCGUCGGCUUCGAGCAGUAGCAAGAUUAUCACAGGAGGUCCUGCGCCAGGGGCUCUGGCAGAGGAUACAACAUUCCUCAACAUCGCCGGCUCCGUCGACCCGUUCUUUUCACAGCUAGAACCCAUGGAUUUCGAAACGGCUUUUGGCGAGAUCGAGAACGAAAAAUUCAAAGUUCAAAUGACCAUAUGCAUUGCAAAUAUCCCUGGAUGUCUAGAAGGUUGCAACUUGUGAUGCUGUCUCUCGAUUCUGAAAAAAUCUUUAUUGCAUGACCAGCAACAGGAACCCAGUUUGCGCUACGCGGACAGGGUGUUUCUCAUGCGGGAUAGGCAUUAAGAAGCCCUCAAAAAACCUGUGAUCCUGGGGCAUACAUCACAGACAUCAUGGGUCAUGUCAAACUUGCAUGACAACAAACCUGGCGAUCUUCCAGACCUCCAGGGAUAUUUGCAGUGAAUAAACCAGAACAAGCCACAACAAGAACCAAGGCACAGCAGGAGUAGCUUUUCGUGACGAUAAUAAUGUUGCUGGUCAUCCUUCGGCUGGAUUGUCGCUGUCGGGAAAUAAUAUGGAAGCAGGAGGAGCUUCCGGGUUCAUGAUGAACCCCUUCGCGACAGAGGACACUGUCGAUGUGAACAUGAACGAUGGGGAAGAUGCUGUUCUGGGCGGGCUGAAGAAGAAUACAAAAAAUGCUACUCCGGAAGAACUUGAUGGUUUAGCCAGCGAUCUGGAUUUGUUCUCGGAUUCAGAGCUCGACGAUGGCCACGAAAAUAAUGGAGCCCAACUACAGGAGGACGAGAGCACAGGCCCGGCAGCGAAAAAGCGAAAGGUUGUACUAUCUGCAGGAAAUGACACCGCCGAAGCUGCUGCAACAGAAGCUGCUGGUUCUGCUUCCGCCUCAGCAUCUGCAAGUGGAGCGCAACCAGUACUACCCAACAAGCCCAAGCCUCGCCCGAUAGAGAAAAAAUACAUCCACCCACUGGCCCACCUGAAGCCCAUCCGGUUCCAACUCCCCACCAACAGUGAGCCAACGCACCUGCAGCAGCUGAUUCUGAAAAAGCUGCGACACUUGCAGCCGCCGGUGAACCAAAAGGAGGUUUUAGGAAAAGUGCGGCAGAAGGAGAAAAUGCUGAUACGGAAAAUGGAGGAGAUUCAAAAGGAGAUUGCGUACGGAAGUGCGAUAUGAACUGCAAAAGUACCGUACUAGUAGUAAUUGCAAUACAAAUUUCCUCAGCAUGAGAAACAAGAUUUGUAAUGCGGAUUUACCUUAACUAAAGGAUUUGUAAUGCAUGAGUGCAAUACUUUUGCACAGGAUAUGCGAAUUUCGACCGGCAGAAAAUGGACCAGCUCAUCGAUCUAUGAGAGUGCACAACAACUCCCCCGCCCCUCAUUUGUAAUGCAAAAUACCAACUCCACCACCUGCGUUGAAGCACUGUUUACAUGACAAAUUUAUUCGGGAGAGGGGGACGAGUUGUGCAUUGUCAUACGACCAGCUGUCGAGAUACCAGCAGGAUGAAGAAAGGUUGAAGAAGGUGGAACAAUUCGUGAAGUCCAAAGCGAGUGAGAGGACCCUGUACAAGCAGGACUUGCUGAAGUUCAUAAAAAACAGUGGAACUACAAACGGGUCAAAGAAGACUGCACCACUACCCUCGGUUGUAGCACCAGGUGCAGCUGAUGGUCCCACCGGCGCGAACACAACUCCUCUCACGGAAGACCCGUUUAACGGAUUGAUCGGAACGAUCUCCCGGAAAACCGGAGAGGUUAUUGGGGGGCAGAACAAUGCUUUUCCGAAUUUGGAAGAACUCUGGAACAACCGCUACCCCACUCCGGUUUUCGGUUCCCGAAGAGCGCAGCUGGAAAAGGCCGGGUUGCAGGUGACGGAACUGAAUUUCCAAAUUUUGGACGCGAUCCACAAAUACGGGGAAUUUGUGGAAACCCGAAACAACGUCAUCCCGGAUCAGCGAUUGUUGCAGGUGCUGGAUUUUUAUGCAGUGCAAAAGUAUCCGAUACUUGUAUAAAGUGCAUUACAAAUUUCCUCAGCAUGAGAAAUAAAAUUUGUAAUGCUGGUUUACCUUGAGAAGAAGAUCUGUAAUGCAUGAUUCCACAAUACGAGUACGAUACUUUUGCACAGGAUAAUUUUUGGUACGGCAGCCAUAAAACGGAACUGAACAAGUUGCACCCGUAUCAACGAGGCAUGCGGUGUUUGAAAUACUUGAAAAACCACACGGUGGUGGGGCCGUGGCUAACGAAUAUCCUGUGUAAAAACGUCCCCACCUCCCCAUAGUCAAGAUGGAAGACCUGCUAGGCAAAUCGACACGCUUUGGCUGUUGCGCAUGACAAAUUUUGCCUCGUAGUGUACUCCUUUCAAGCUAGUUCAGCAGCAUUACAGAUCUAGCCUAUUAUGCCGAGUGGAGGAUCACAAAUUCCGACACACGACUAGAGAAUGCGUCUCAUGGGGCUCCGCAGGAGAAACAUUCUCAGCAUGCAGAUUUGCAUUCCAGUCAUAAGGAGGGGACGUUUUCACUUUGGAUAACGAAAGCGGAGGAACUGUGGAACGAGGCACAGAAAUAUACCAUGUUUUCUGUGGCGAGAAAGUCUCCUGGGGGGAUAUGACAGUGCACAACUUCCCCUCCCCCUCAUUUGUCAUGCAAAAUACCAAAGCUACCCUGUGCCUCUUGAUGGCGCUGUUUGCAUGACAAGCUCUGGCAUCCCAAACAGCACUACCAUCCUGUGCAAAUUUCUCAUGCAAAACUUGCACUCUUGCUGAUGCUUCUAUUGCUGUUCAUGCCAUACAAAUGAGGAGGAGGUGUAGUUGUGCACUCUCAUAAGCGAUUAAAAGCAACCUCAGCCAAGAAACUGUGAAAGCGGGAAAGAAUGUAAGAAAGAUUGCUCCGCCCGUCGAGGUGAAGUUGCUGGUUUCCGAGGGGAACGUGGUGGUGAAGAAAGACAAAAACGCCGCCAGUGUACAACUAGAGAAGGAAAAGAAGAACUUCUACUUCAAUCCACCACCUAAAGUCGGGGCCGUGACUACAGGAGGCGGAGCAGGUGCUGCCUCUUCGGCCGCGACAUCAUCCUCCGCGAAAGCAGUUGCUAGCGAAGAAACGCCGGCUGUGACCGAUAAAACCAGACACGCGGCAGGGCAGCCGUCCGCUGUAAAAGGAGAAGCAGAUGAACCGCCGGCAGAUAGUUGUACUACAGUAUAUCAACCCGGAAAAGCAAAAGAACAACCUGGACCAUCUCCAGAUCCUUCGUCAAAACCGCCGAAAAACAAGCCUACCAUUAUCUCCGAAACCGCGCUGCUCGAAAGGCAAAAGGAGGAGCAAUUUUUCAUGAAGCACCCGAGCCAGAAUAACCUCGCACAGGAGCGGCAAACCUUCGCGCCUGAGAGGAAGAACAUCGCGCGGCCGCACUUUCCCGGGGUAGACCAGUUUGUGUUUUUUCCGCCGGUCGUGGAAAUGAAGGCGAUCAACGUGCUGAAACACAAAGAUUUUUUAGGCGGAUGCCCGAAGGUCACACUCCCGCCAUACGAGGAAAUUUGUGACCGACUGUUGCCCCGCAUGCACGGAUUUGGAAAUCUCAUCAUAUGCAAUGCAAAAGCAUCGUACUAGUAUAAACCAGCCAUGCUCCGGCUGCCGCCGGAGCGCAGGGCUGUUGGGCCGGGGCAAGACUGUUUGCCGAUCGGACCACAACGCCACGGGCCUAAUAUGCACAACGAAACAUACUGGAGUCCCGCUCCUUCCGCCUGUUUGCGCCGCGCCAACCCGCAGGACCACUUGCGCGCUUCCCGCGCCUGUGGGCGCUCUGCGCAGGGAGCAGCUGCAAAGAACACCGGGGGCGAACAGAAGCCGCCAGGCGCGAGAGGGUAGCGCGAGAGGGUGGCGCGGGAGGGUGGUGCGGGAGGGUGGCGCGAGAGGGUUGCGCGAGAGGGUGCGCGAGAGGGUGGCGCGAGAGGGUGGCGCGGAAAGGCGCCGAACAAAACAAGUCCACGACUGGCCUGCAGUGCCAAAUAUGGGGACUACCAUGCGGAUUCGCGCCCGCCACUUUGUGUUUUUACCCUCUCGCAGACCUCUCGCAGACCCUCUUUUUGACCUCUUUUGGGGGUCCCCGCUAAUAAUCCGGCUAUACUCGCGGGUAGAGGUCGACAGAGGUGGCCGAGAGGUGGCCAAGAGGGUCCGCGAGAGGUCGCCCCUUAUUCGCGCCACCUCUCUCCACCUCUGUCGACCUCUCGUGCCCCCUCUUUUUGACCUCUCUGCACCCUCUGAGGCACUUAGGCGCCGCCUUAAGGUGGGGCCUUCGGCGGGCUAUACUCGCGCACCCUCUCGCCGACCCUCUCGAAAGGGGUCCCGCGCCACCUCUCCACCUCUGUCGACCUCUUUUUUACCUCUUUUGACCUCUUUUUGACCUCUCGGCCACCUCUCGUUUACCCUCUGUCUACCUCUUUUUUCGCAUGAAUAUAGUAUAUAGUAAUUGCAUCACAAAUUAGCCCAGCAUUACAAAUUAAGUUUGUAAUGCAGCUUUACCUGGACAAAAAGAUUUUUGUAAUGCAUAAAUGUAAUUAAGUAGUACGAGUACGAUACUUUUGCAGUUCAUACAUCAUCGACAUUGACGAAAUUGUGGAAGCGAUUGACGCCGGGGUGAUUAGCAUUAUGACAGGGCACAACUCCCCCUGCCCCUCAUUUGUACUGGUGCAUGAACAGCAAUACAAAUACCAGCACACGUGGAGCCUGUGCAUGACAAGUUCAUGCGCCUAGUGUAAGUAGUACUGUUCUUUAGACUUCCGAUAUCUCUCAUGCAUACAGUGCCACAGGGAAGCACGCGGAUUUAGGCCUUUGCAUUACAAAUGAGGGGGAGGGGGGCGAGUUGUGCAGUCUCAUAAGCAUCCGCUUGAAGCCAGAGGCGGUGAAGGAGGCGGGCGGACUUGAGCCAUCGCGGAAGAAGCAGCUAUCAAAUGAAAAAAUGUCUGGGUCUGGAAUGUUGCCGGGUUUGUCAUGCACAUUUUGCAUGACCCAGCAUGUCUGUCAUGCACGACCUAGCAUCACAGAUUUUUAGAGGGGUUCCUGAUCCCUACUCCGCAUGACAAAUGCCCUCCUCGCGUAGCACAUAUAUCUAGACUCCUCUUGCUGGUCAUGCAAUACAAAUUUUUUUACAGUCCAAAAACAGCAUGACAGACAAGUCGCAAUCUUCCAGACCCAGACAUUUUUGCAUUUGAUAGCAGCUAAUCGAGUACAAACGGGAACGCGGGUUUUUCGACACAAACGACAAGAUGCCACAACACCCGACCAGGCGGUUUCCAGUCUGGGACGCCUUGCAGAACUUCUCGAUCCCCGUUAAUGAAUGGGCCUACACCAGGCACAUUCUUGUCACCCCCGCUUUGGAAAAGCUAGCCGAAGCGUGCUGCCAUUUGCGGCCCUUCAACAUCAGCAGAGCUAGAGAACGCGAGCGGCUUAUUGCAGCAGCUGCGGGGCUGAAAGAUAAAAAGUUCAUUGCGGUUGCCACCGGACCACGACCCGGAGAUGAAAAAAACGACACCGAUAUGGAAGCGUCAGGAUUGAAAUCGUGAAAGUUGGAAUAUUUUUUGUGAUGCAUAAAAUGCUAGGCGCAAAGUGCCUGUCUUGCCGAGCAGGCAACUGAGGCCGAGUAAAAAUCUUGUUUGGGGUGAUGUGAGAUAGAGCUGCUAAAAUAGCAUGACAAAAGCAGUCUUCUCUAUCUCUGCUCAAACAGCAUGACAAAUUGGAUAUCCAUGCUGCCAAAAUUUGUGGUCAUGCGCCACUCCCAAACUGGGCUCCAGCUGGUAUCGCUUUUUUGCAUUACAGAUUAUUUCAACUUUGACGAUUUCGAUCCUGGCACUCCCAUAACCGACACGACAACGACGAACGUGGUGAGAGAAAACCUGCAGAACCUGCGCAACGACAUCCUCCAACACGAAAAUAAGAACAGCAAGCAUCCUGUUAUCCUGUGCAAAAGCAUCGUAGUCGUAGUAAUUGCAAGCAUGCAUUACAAAUCUGCAUCCCAAGGUAAAACAGCAUGACAAACUCCAAUUGUCAUGCUGACCGAAUUUGUGAUGCGAUUUCUACUAGUACGAUGCUUUUGCAAUGCAUACCUGUACACGCUUUUCUGGAAAAUAACGUUAAAAAUAAUAAGGCUGCAAAUAACAAGAUCGUGGAGCAUCAGGAGAAGUCCAAGUCCUCGAAAGUUCCGAAGCCGAAUUUAAGCUUUUUCGGCUACGGAAAGAUACCGAAUCAUCCGAAUCCCUACGAAAUGCAAAUAUGUCUGGGUCUGGAAACCUGUCAUGCUGAAUUGCGCAACAUGAUUGCAACGCUUUCGAUGGCAGCGAAGCAUGACAAAAGCUCCCGAAGCCGCGCCCAAUGAUGCCUAACACGCAUUACAAACUGCGUUUUAUUUGCACGACAAGGGAAGCAGCCCAUUUGCUGCUCAUGCAGCACAGAUUUUCCAGGCAUGCAUGUUGACACGCAUUACAACCUUUCCGGACCGGGACCCAGUCAUAUUUGCAUUUGAUAAUCCCGGCGGGGGCACGAGUUCCAACCGGAUUCCGCUAGGCGGGGGCGGGAUGAUGCCGCCGCAAGACUUCUUUGUGCCAGAUCAUAGUGCUCCUGCAGUUUCACAGCCGACAACCGACUACGACCUGUUUUUGCGAAGCCUGAACGACCCUACGCGCACAACCUGGGACCACGAGACUUUUAGACCGCCAGCUCCAGAUGUUGUACUACCAGCGGUCGCACAACCAGCACCACGACCGCCGAAGGCCGGGGCGCCGAAAAGACCUCCGCAUCCGAACGACCCCUGUCCGGAUAUUCCCGAUGUAGACGAGUUGGUGGACUGGAAGGAAUAUCCUGUGCAAAAGCUUCGUACUCGUAAUAAUUCUUGCAUUUAUGCAUUACAAAUCUCUUUCUCAAGCUGAAUCCGCUUGACAAAUUCCAUUUGUCAUCAUGCUGCGCUAAUUUGUAUUGCAAUACUACUAACGAGUACGAUGCUUUUGCAAUUCAUAAGGAAAUGUCCAAACUGAGCAAAGCGGAGCGCAAAAUCGCCCGGGCGGCAGCACAAGAUGCCGCCGCUGGGUUUGUGCUGACGUCUGCGCAGCGCAAGGCGCUGACAAAGAAAAAAAUAAAGGCGGAGAAAGCCGCGGCCGACGCGAAGAAAAAAGCGAAGGGAAAUAUGCAUUGCAAAAGUAUCGCACUCGUAUGAAUGCAUUACAAAUCUCCUCAGCAUGAGAAAUAAAAUUUGUAAUGCGGAUUUAGCUUAGGAACUAGAUUUGUAAUGCAUGUGUGCAAUACUACGACUAUGAUACUUUUGCAGUUCAUAGGAAAAACCGCCGCGCAAAUCGAAGCCGACCGGGAACGGGGGAAGGCGGAGCGGCGCGCGAAUGCGCAGGCGGCCGCGGAUCUGGCGGCCGCGGAUCUGACGCGCAGGGAGAGAAAGGAGAAAAGGUGGGAGGAAAACGAGAACAGGAGACGGGAAGUGCUGCUUUCCAGCGCACCCCCUGCCUUCGCGCCGGCGGGUUCUUCCGCGGCUCAGCAGGCCGCUCCCCCGGUCAAAGAGGGAAAAAACGCGAAGAAGCGGAGACUGCGAGCCGAGGCCGCCGCGGCCGUGCAGAAAAAUCAGCAGCCGAUGAAAAAGAUGAAAAUGAAGUAUGAAUUGCAAAAGUACUAUCGUACUCGUAUUCCUGCAGUACAAAUCUUGUUCCCAAGGUAAAGGUAUUCAAGCAGCAUUACAAAUUCCAAUUGUCAUGCUGAGGAAAUUUGGCAUACGACAGCUCCUACUAGUACGAUAGUUUUGCACUGCAUAGGAAGAUGAAAAAAGCGAAAGUUCCGGCGCCGAAACCUGCACCGCCACCACCACCACCGGCGAACCCGUUUUGAUCAUUACAGUGCUCGUAUGUUGUAAGUACCGGACGAACAAGCACUAGCUCAUUUUCUAACAACAUUUCGUACUCAUUUGGAUUUAUUGUUCAUCAGCGACAAUUUUUACUGAGUUUGGCUUUGAUAUUUUACUUGAAGAAACUCGUCCCAGGAAGAUGAGUCAAGCUUUUUGAUGAUGACAGAAAAAGAAAAGCAGCUUGUGAUUCUUGAACCAUGGCCCUGAUAGAACCAACGUCUGAAGCAGUAGCAGCUGAAGCAGAAGCAGCGGUUUUCUGACAGAAAGAAAUGCUUUUAAAUGUGAUACAAGAUAAGACUCUAUUCAGCGACAGUUUUCAAAAAGAAAAUAUAAGGCGGAAGUAGAAACAAU